UACCCCCCUCUAGGGUGAAGGGUUUAAUAUCGGCUAUAUAAGCAAGACGAUCAGCAGAUUUCACCGGCUUCGAAGAAGUCCACAUCGUUAGAAUAGGGAGAUCUUCGUGAGUUAAAACGUUAUUUCUAGCCUGUGACAUGGCUAAUUCAAACCCUGUGCCCCGUUUGUACAAAACGGUGGUAGAGGAUGUCAUAACAAAUGUCAGGGAAGCAUUCCUUGAUGAAGGGGUGGAUGAACAAGUCCUACAGGAGCUGAAACAGUUGUGGGAAAACAAACUGCAGCAGUCAAGGGCCCUGGAUUCUGGCCCUGAGCCCGCAGAUCCAAUGAUGAUCCCAUCCACAAUACCGUUUAUGCCCCAGCCGGUCCAGAAUGCCCCAGUCAAACAGCAGUUCAUAGGAACUUCAGGAGUGGUUACACAGAAUAUGCCAGUCCCUGUACAAAUCGCCAGCCAGGACAUUAGUCAGCCAGCCGCUGCAGCCCACAUGGCAUUACCUCAAGGUGUCUUUCAGCAACAGUUACAGGCAUUGGCCUCUCAAGGCCUUACUCUCCAACCAACAGGGAAUGGUCAGUUUAUAAUCCAGGCCUUGCCACAACAAGCCACCCCUGGUCAACAAUUAGGGGCCCCACAGUUACAACAGGUGACAAUUUCACAAGCUGGUAUCCCCACCAUGAUCCAGCAACAACCCCAACAACAGCAAAAGACACACCAGGUUUUACAGCUUGAUGGAGCUGGAGACUCAAGUUCAUCAGAAGAUGAAGAUUUUGAUGAUGACGAUGAUGACAAUGAAAAUGAUGAUGAUGUCAAAGAAGAAGAUAAUGAUGAGCAGGGAGAAGAAGAGGAACCUCUGAACUCUGAUGAUGAUGUCAGCGAUGAGGAUCCAUCAGAUCUGUUUGAUACAGAUAACGUGGUUGUGUGUCAGUAUGACAAGAUAAACAGAAACAAAAACAAAUGGAAGUUUCAUUUAAAAGACGGUAUCAUGAAUCUCAACGGAAAAGACUUUGUCUUUCAAAAAGCAACGGGGGAUGCAGAAUGGUGAUAUAUGUAUAUAUACAAAGGUUUUAUAUGGAUUGUAUAUUGACUACAACAUGUCACCAGAGACUCUGUGAGGACAGCAUAUACAAAAGUGUGCAAAACAUGGUGUGUGUUGUAUAAUAUUUUUUCCCCCACAAGGAGGUGCUAGGUUUUUGGUAAGGAGAGGUCCAGCCAAUAGAAAUGUUGUAAAAGGUUCAUUGUGUAAAGCAAUCGGGGAAAGAGGAAAAAUAUGGAGAGUUUAUAGAAGAAGGAAAAAAAUGUGUGGAGCAUUGUUGUAAUUUACCAGCCCUAUCCCAACCUUUUUUUUUCCAAAAAGUCUUGUGUUAUUGUCAUCUUGUGCCCCUUUAUUCCAUAUUGCCCACUUUUGGAUGCAGGAUCUGUUCUUAUUCUAUGAUUUACCCUGUAAUAAUCAUAAACAAUGCCUGAAAAAGAAAUUGAAACAUGUUAAAAUUUUAUUAAUUUUACCAGGGAGCAACAUGUACAUGUAUUUCUUUUUCCUUGUCAAAGCUUUAUCAAUGGAAUUUGUCAAUCUGGGACAUGUAUGUAAGAAAAGAACUUUAGUACAUAUGCCAGAGUAAAACUUCUUUUAUCUCUCAAAUAUAAGAGUUUAUACAUGGCUUAAAACAUAUAUUUAUUGUUUAAUCCAUUGAAUUGUAUGAAAAUAUGAUUGAAUAGUAUUUUUUCUAAAAAUCAUACCAUAGUUUUCAAGCUAUAUCCCAGUCAGGUUUCUAUUUUUUUCUUCCAAUGAUUUGACAGCGUAUGUUGUUGGUUUUAUAACAUAAAUGAAGACAAAAUCCACGAUACAAGAUUUUUUUUAAGUUUUCCAAGUCCAAUUGCUUUCCAUGAUUAAAACAUGAUUAAAGAGGCAUAAAUUGUGGUAGCCAUAUUUAGAUGAUGAAGACUUAUAAAAAAUAUUUUAAUGUAAAUGAAAACUGAUUCUUGUGGAACAAUAGUUCUAAAUCUUCCAUAUCACAAUUUUUUUUUUUUGAGCAUUGUUAUUUUUAACAGUACAUGUAUUGCAAAGAGAAAUGACUAUGGCUUGUAUAUGAUAUUCUUGCUUUUAUUUCACAGUGUUCCAUGCUCUCGAGUUUAUUUUUUACAGAAUGUAUAGACACCUUUCAGUUGCUGUAACUCAGUUAUUGUACCCGAUUAAAAAUAUUUUUUGAUGUAAGUUAUUACAAAUGUCUGUUAAUAGAUAUACUUUGCUAGUCAUUUACAGUGAAUUAUCAUGAUUAUCUUCUCAGUAAGUUUUCAUGUUCGUUAAUACAUCAAGUUUUGUACUUGCCAUUGGUUGUUAUUUAUAAGUGAUUUGUAAACAAUUAGUCAAUUUGGAGCCAAAAUUCUAACACUUGUUUAAUGCAAUUUUUUUUUUCAUGCACAUAGUAUUCACUGACCAAUGUUAUUGAACCAAAUUAUAGCUUUGGCCUGAAAAAAAAAACAAUCAUCAUUUGUUAGCGAAUGGUAGAAACCAUGCUUUAUGUGUUUUGCUUUCAGUUUUAUGAUGGUCAUGUUAUAAAUGUAGUUGUGUUUUGAACUCAUGUUUGAUAAUUUUCAAAGGAAGAGUUAGAUAUGGGCCCGAAUGAAGGGGAAUAGUUAGGGGCCUGAAGAAAUAGAUAAGGGCCCAAAGGAAGGGGGGAUAAGGGCCCAGAGGUACCUUUGACCUACAUACACGUAAUAUGCAUAAUUCCAGGGUCCUGUUUCUCAAACUUUUGUAUUGAUGACUUGUUAAGAAAUUCUGGGUGCUUAGAAGAAUAAAAUACAGGAAAAAUUGGCAUAAUGGUUGUGACCUUGAUCUCCAUGAUGUAUUUGAUGACUCGUCUCACAAGGAACCUCUAGCAUGCUAGAGUGAGAAUUUAGUGUAUCUUGGUGUGAGAUCAGUAGAAUAAAAUAGCCAAGGGCUUGUCACAAAAAUUCAGAGGAAAUGAAUGAUAUUCUAGUCAAGUUGUUGAUGAAUUUUUGGUAUCAAAUGUUUAAUCUGUUAAUUUUGAGGUUAAGCAUGCAGACAUUUAUAAAGAUCAUAGUAUUUUUGUAGGAGAUCAAGUAAUUAAUUGAAUGUCUUUGUAUCAAAUCUUUGUAUCAAAUGUAAAAUAAAAGUACACAUCAAAUUGAUGAUGCUUGCAUUAAAAUGUUUACAGCAAUACCUCUAAUGUCACUUUUUUUUAAUGGCAUUUGUGAAUUUGUUAAGUGUUUAAUUUCUAUAUAUCUGCUUUGAACACCAGGAAUUCAAAGAGAAGAUAACUCCUGUAAUGUUAUUGUACAGAGUUGCUUUUUGUCAAUGUUUUUAGUUUAAGUCAGCAAGUUGUUGGUACAACUUAUGUUUUCUUCAUUUUCCUUUUUUCUUCUUCAGUUUUUGUUUCAUUUAAAGGAUCUGUUUGGUAAGCUCAUGACAAAAGUAUAAUAAUCAUGUACCAAGGAUUUUUUCGAUGUUCAUAUUUUGGUCAACAGUCCAUGUAUGUACUGGUGCAGUUGCAUCGUUUUUUUUUCAAUGUGAAUCACAUAUUAAUUAAAUGAUAUGAUCCAUUGCAAUUCUCUAGAUUUUGUCUACCUUUGUAUGUUGUUAUUCUGUAUUUAAGAGAUGGUGAAAAUGUGGUACACAUGUUAGACAUAUCAUUAUAUUAUACCCUACAAAACAUCAUGUCAGGUAGUUUACAUGAAUCUGGAACUUCCUUUAAUAAUUUUUUUUUAAAAUUCUCUCAUCAAGACAACAACAUAUACAUGUAUAUAUGAUCAGGUUAUCUUGUCCACUGGUCCUGUAAAAUUUUUCAUGUUCAUGCAUUACAUGUAUGUGCCAUAAGAUUUGACCAUUGAAAACUGUGUCCAAAACUGAAUGUGUUUAAAGAUACUGCUUGUUAGAUGAGAAUUAUUAUGAUUUAUAUGAUCUUUUGGUGCACCCUUUGUUUCAUCUAUAUGUAACUUAUUACUAUAAUAAAGAGUUUAUAAAAUAUAA